CUGCAAGCAAGAAAUGGAGCAAAUUCCCAACCCAACGCACCCAGGUAACUUGAUGCGGCAAGUCCGGCUCGAGGGAGACUAAGGUAUGCCCCCACUACCUUAUGUUGACUUGUUCUCUUUUGUGCAAUAACCAAGACAACAAAAAUGGUGGAAUGGCCAUCAAAGGUCCUAUGCCAAGCAAACACUAGAUCCAGGGGUUAUUGGUCGAAUCAGACCCGAGGCCUGUGCCUGCUGCAACCAACACUGCCUGAUACCUGCCCGACUUACCAGCUCACGCCCGCAAAGGUGGCGAUGCAUAUGGUGCUUCCAAGUGGUCCAGGUCAGAGGUACAGACUCUGCAAGGGACUAAUCUGAGUCAUUUUGUCCUUGCCAACUCACUCUGUCUGUGCUAGGAGAAGCUGAAAGUUCGCUGUACCGAAGUGCCAACGGGUGCCCAACUUGAUAUGGAAGCAGGAAAUAGGAAGGGAACCUAUAAUGUUAAGACGCAUGAUAGCCGAAACGUAUAAUACUCUACACGCAUUCCAGAGCUCCCCAGUCAGUCAAGCUAAACAUCAAAAGUUGAACAAGAGACAUCACCUUAAUUCACUGCCACGUCAUAAGUCCCAAUCAUGGCCGGCGACUCCCAACAAUCUGGAUCUAUACACCUUCUACAUGCCCCCAAAGAGGGCCUCAUCGAGCUUGACAUCAUCGCUGUACAUGGCCUCAACGGACAUUACCUUCACACCUGGACUCACACGGAUGCUCCGGCCAAGCCGGUUCACCGUUGGAGUAGGUUACUACGGAAGGGUGCUGCCAAAAUCGACACAGACACAGUAUGGCUGCGUGACCUUUUGCCCGAAAAGUUGCCAAACGCUCGCAUCAUGACCUUUGAGUAUGAUUCAUCCAUAUUUGGCAACAGGUCAACAUUCGGGAUAGAAGAGAAUGCCGCAAAACUUUUGGAAGAGUUGUGGAAUGUGCGGGAAGACGAAGCAGAAGGCCGCUCAAUUGUCUUUAUUGGGCAUAGUCUUGGUGGUAUUGUCAUUAAACAGGCCAUAUCUACAGCUAAUCAGAACCGACGGCGACUCUCACAACCCUGGUACGCUGACAUAGCGGACUGCACUAGAGGCAUAGUCUUUUUUGGAACCCCUCACCGAGGUGCUGACAAAACAAAGUGGCUCGGUCUUGUCUCACGCAUUGUGCAAACAGCCACCAACCAGCCCAAGUCGAGAUUCAUCAAUGUGCUCGAAACCCAUUCAGCACAUCUACUAGAGUUCUCCGAGGACUUCAAGCCUUAUGUCAAUCAGUACGCCAUUGCCAGCUUUUACGAAGAGCAACCGCAUCGUCUCUUGGGCAGCCUGGUGGUGGAGAAAAUGUCGGCCGUCUUGUGGCUAGCACAUGAGGAGGCGGUCAUGAUGGGAGGUGAUCAUUCGAGCAUGUGCAAAUUUGGGAAGAACGACAAGAGGUUUGAUCUUGCCUGGCGGGCAAUUCGACGAGCGUCAAAGGGGAGGCCGGAUAACAAUAGUGCAGUCGUGAUGUGACAAGGGCUGU